GGGGGGAGAACUGUGCCCCUUGUUGGAUGAUCUUUGCCUCCCCUGCAUUGGGGGUGCAGCCCACUGUGGUGCCCUCCGUCUUGAGGGUUGUCAGUGGAGCCCCAUGCAUUAGCACAUGGUGUUGUUGGUAGCUCCCUCCGUCUUGGGGGGGGGGGGGGGGGGUUGUCGGUGACGCCUCAUGUCUUGGUUGUCGGUGGAGCCCCAUGCAUUGGCACAUGGUGUUGUUGGUAGCGCCCUCUGUCUUGGGGGUUGUCGGUGACGCCCCAUGUCUUGGUUGUCGGUGGAGCCCCAUGCAUUGGCACAUGGUGUUGUUGGUAGCGCCCUCUGUCUUGGGGGUUGUCGGUGACGCCCCAUGUCUUGGUUGUCGGUGGAGCCCCAUGCAUUGGCACAUGGUGUUGUUGGUAGCGCCCUCCAUCUUGGCGCGCGGGGAUGUUGGUGGUGCCCCCUGCCGCGGCGCGCUCCCAUCAUGGCACUUGGUUGGCAGCACCAUUGACCGAGACCCCAGGGUGUAACCUGCGCUGAUAACGCGCCCUGUAGGUUAGGGCUAUGUUCACACCUGGCAGACUUGUUGCAGAAUCUUCAGCGUCUAUACUCCGUCCCAGUGAUAGGAAUGGAGUUGUUUUGGUGGGAAGAACCUGGAUCUCGGCUGCGACUCCCCCCGUAUAGAGGGGCGCGGGCGGCACUGGUCUGAUAUUGGGGUCAGCACGCUGCGCUGAGAUUGGCAGACCGGACCCAGUGCCCACUCUGCGGCCAUCAGGAACCCAUCACAUGUGGUGAAGCAGGACAGGCGCGCCCCCUUCAGCUGCACACAGGACCGCAGUCUGCGCAGCUCAGCGGUAUGGCGCUCGGUGUAAAGGAGGGGGCGAGACCCUGAAGCCGCUGUGCAGGAUUUAUAAAACUUUUCUGCUGCUUUCCACGUAGAGGACGGCGGCGCAGGGACGUCUGUGGUGUCAUUUUCUUACCCAGGAACUUAAUGGGCAGGCAGAGCUGUGUGGAGCAGUGCCUGGUACACUGUAACGACACGUAUGAGGACCCAGAGCUCCAGCGGAUCAUAGAUUUGGAGCUGAUAUGGCCAGCAUACUUUCCAAACGUCUCGGCAAGCGGUCUCUCCUUGGCGCCAGGGUCUGCACUCCGAGUUUAGUUGCAGACUGCAUGUCCAUGGAAGGGCCCAGAGACCUUACCGGAGGGGCCCAUCUUGGACCUUAUGAUGGAGGGUGCCUGAAGGAGUGUCUUGAGGAAAGCGCUUUUCCUUCUGGAAGUCGCUUCAAGCUGUAUCCGGGCCAGAAGGUGUACGUUACACACAAUGGCAAGGAGUGCGCUGGUUUGGUGGAGCAACACAACCACGUGGAUGAUGAGGUCAAGGUCUUUGUGUUUGAGCUUGGGCUGCGCCUUUGCCGAAAGACGGAAGAUGUGCGUCUUGCAGAGGCUCCGAAAUCUAUGAUCGUCCCCAUGGAGCAAGUGAUGUCCACCAGCCCCGUGACUUCUUCCAGCGCAGCCCAGAGAAUGGUGUCUUGCAGCAUUGAUGUCCCAAAGAGGCGGUCGGAUGCGGUGGAUAUGGAUGAAAUGAUGGCGGCCAUGGUCCUCAGCAGCCUGUCCUGCAGCCCCAUCGUGCAGAGCCCACCCUGCAGCGACAUCAUCCCAGCUCCUCAAGUCACCUGUGACCUGUGGAAGGAAAGCGGGGACGUGUCGGACAGCGGCAGCAGCACCACCAGCGGGCACUGGAGUGUGGAGUGUGGCGCCUCCACCCCCUCCCCUCCUCACACCGAGCCCAGCCCCAAGUAUACAGGCGAGGUCUUCAGUGCUUCCCAUGUGGAUGAAGGAUUCGAGACGGACCCUGAUCCUUUCCUUUUGGAUGAGCCGGCCCCUCGGAAGCGGAAGAACUCGGUGAAGGUGAUGUACAAGUGUCUGUGGCCGAGCUGCGGAAAACUGCUGCGCUCCAUUGUGGGCAUUAAACGCCAUGUGAAGACCCAGCAUCUGGGAGACGGGAUGGAUUCUGACCAGCAUAAGCGAGAAGAGGACUUCUACUACACCGAGGUCCAAAUGAAGGAUGAGUCUGAGGUGGAGAACACCCCAAGGAGCCCCAGCACUGCUACCGCCCCUCUUCUCAUCCAGCCGAUCACCCCCAAGCCGGAGACACAGGCGCUGGAGGUGCCCUUUGUGGAGUCUCCAUUGCCCAGUGCGCUCAGUCAGUCUGCUCCAGGCUCCUUCUGGCAUAUCCAGGCCGAUCACGCUUACCAGGCGCUGCCUUCCAUCCAGAUCCCAGUUUCCCCCCACAUCUUCACCAGCAUAAGCUGGGCAGCUGCUCCCUCUACUCUCCCGGCCCUUUCUCCAAUCAGAAGCCGGUCGCUCAGUUUCAGUGAACAGCAGCCACAGACUCCAUCCAUAAAGUCGCAGCUGAUUGUGGCCUCACCCCCCAGAGCGUCUAAUGGUAGCAGGAAAGUUCGUGGUGAAGCAAAGAAAUGCCGUAAAGUGUAUGGCAUCGAACACCGGGACCAGUGGUGCACCGCCUGCCGGUGGAAAAAGGCCUGUCAGAGGUUCCUCGACUGAACCCCACUCCCUAAGUAUCCACGUCUCCCAGAAGGCUCGGGGGCGGAUUUAGCUUCAAGCCUCCUAGAGUCUGCUUGCGAAGCUUCUUGGAGAAAGUGGUGAUGACUAAAGACUGUAUAAAUUGUAAAUGUCGAAACCUGUACAUCAUUGUAUGUCGUCCACAUUUUGAAUUUUUUUUUUUUAAUAGACGAUAGGGAUUUUUAUUUUAUUUUUAACUUUCCUAAACGAUGUGUAGUAGGGACCAAAAGUGUUGGAACUUUUUUUUUUUUAAGGAAAAAAAAAUCCCUCGUCGCUACAAGUUUUAAAAAAAAAUUCCGAAGCAUCGAGAUGCCCGUCCUCAUUGUAUAUAGCGUCUUCCUCACCUCAUUGGCCUGUAAAUGUCCCACACCGCCACAAUAUGUCCUCCUUCUAUUUUGUUACUUGGUUUUUAUUGCAGACAAUUGUACAUACAGUAAAGAUGUAUUUUGACUGCUGCAGUGUCCAGGGUCCAUCGUUGGAGGGGUUUCUCAUGCUUUAUUAGUAUCUGAGGAGUCUAUGAAGCCAUUUUGUAUUGUCUAUUGUCAGAAAUAUUGUAUAGAGUCCUAGAAAGUGCUGACCAAUGGCCAACAAUUCCACAAAAACUAUCAUUGUCAGGCUGAUAUCUCAUGAUGUGGUGCUCUGUAUCUACUGCAGUCUGUGGUCAUAUCCAUAUAUGACAUUGAGCAGCUAUUCUUUCUAUAUUGGUACCUUUUGCCUGCACAAAGAGAACAUUGCUAUUUUGUGGGUUGAGCUGGUCUUUCUAGAGCAGCCCAUCUACUCUGAGGAACCUUGGCAAGGAGGCCUCAACCCCAAGAUCCUCAUCAGACACUUGUCAAGAACUUUUUUCCAUUGCUGAGGAAUGGUAGCUAUGCUGCCUUCUCUUUGGUACUGGAGCUGAAGGGAUGGCCCAACACACCACCAGCACUUCAUCUGAACGUUGGAGAUACCUUUCGGACAUGGAGACAUGGAUGUGUCACCACAAAUUAGAAGGUCUAAACGUUGGGAUUGCUCAACUUUCAGUUACUGUUCCCAUUAAGAAGUUAACACUUAAGGGCCCAAAAAGUCAGGUGACUUGCAUUCACAUGACUAGAAUCAAGCAAAACUUUCAUUUUGAGGUCAGACUGGUUCCAUAAUCACAAAUUGUUCAUCACAAGAUGUCUUCAUCUCCACUCGUGACUAAAUGGGCUCUUCCAUUUUAAUAGAUGGUGGUGCUGGGCUCUUGCUUGUAAGUAAGUUUUCCAGAUUUGGAAAAACAUGUCUGCUUUCUUCUGAGCCAUGAUACCACCAACAACCUGUGGUGUUUUUUCUUUUUUUCUCUUUUUUUUUUUUUUUUUUUUUUUUUUUUGAAGAAAGCAGCCAUGUUUUU